CUCAUAUCAGAACCAAUUGUUGCGUGAGUAGUCAGGUAUUUUAAAUAUUAAUUAUAUAGUUAAUGGCAGUUUCAAACAACGAAAAAGGUACUUCAACAAUACCAUAAAAGUUUCUGUUGGCCAUGGAUCAUUCUGAAAAAAUCAAAAGAAAAACCAAUCCAAGGGAAAAAGCAAAUAUAUUUUCUCUUCUAACAUUUUUGUACACUGGUGAGUUAUUCACCAAAGCUUUGAAGAAAGAUUUGGAAGAAGACGAUGUCUACGAGGUGGUCAAAGUUUGCCGAUCUAAAAAGUGCGGCAAUAGAUUAGAGGAAGAAUUCAAGAUUGAAAAACAAAAAGGAACUCCAUCUAUAUUUAGAUUAUUAUGGAAUUGUUUUGGAAUGAGAUACAUUCUUCUAGGAUUGAUCAAUUUAUGUUGGAGACUAGUUAAUAGUGUUUUGGAGCCAGAAGCUAUUGGAAAGUUGGUAUCGUACUUUAAUCCUGGCCAAACAAUUAUGAGUCUACAUGAUGCCAUCUAUUACGCUUCAAUUAUGAUUGGACUCAAGUUAGUCCAUUGUUUUUACUUCCAAAACUACAUAAUUUAUCUUCAGCAACUGGCCAUCCAAAUUAGGACAGGCUUAUCUUCUUUAAUCUACCGGAAAACCUUAAAAUUGACACCGUCAGCCGUAUCAGAAAUUAGUUUAGGUAAUAUAAUAACAAUCAUAACAAAAGAUGUCGUCCAAUUUGAACACUCGAUAUGGCUCUUCAAUGAUUUAUGGAUUGCUGUGGUCCAGACGUUCGUCGUUUGUUUCUUAAUUUACGCUAAGAUCGGUUUGGCGUCCACAGUUGGCGUAGGAUUGAUGCUAGCAAUAGUUCCUGCUCAAAUGUACGUUGGUAAAAUGGUAAAGUCUAUGCGACUAAAGAUUAACCAGAAAACGGACGAGCGUUUACAAAUUACCCAAGAGACUUUGUCCGCCAUUAGAAUAAUAAAAAUGUACACAUGGGAGAAGUUUUUUGGGGAACGAAUAGAUGAAAGGAGAAAGAAGGAAAUUAAUACCAUGAUGAAGACAUCCUACCUUAAAAUGUCGAUGAUAGUAUCCAGCGUACUAUGUUCAAAAGUUGGAUUCUAUGCCUUGAUAAUGACCUACAUCUGGCUUAAUAAUAACGUCAGUGCCGAAAUAAUAUUUUAUCUCAUGAGAUGUUUCGGAACUCUGAGACACACCAUUGCGAUUUCAGUCUCAAUGGGCAUGGCACGAAUAGCAGAACUGUCCGCUUCUUUAAAUAGGAUCAACAAGGUCUUAAACGCCGACGAAUUAGAAGAUGUUUUGGAAAAGCCUUCAGAUUAUCCGAAAGUUGAUAUGAAAAAAGCUUCCGUUUCCAUCAAAGAUAAAACGAUAUUAGAAAAUAUAUCUCUAAACAUGGAAUCAGGUCUUACUAUCGUAACUGGGCAGUUGGGCUGUGGUAAAACUUCCCUUAUAAAAACUAUUUUGAAGGAUUAUCCCGUCACUAGCGGAUCUAUAACAACUAUUGGUAGAAAAAGUUAUGCUUCUCAAGACCCUUGGCUAUUUCCAUCUUCUAUAAAACAGAAUAUUUUGUUUGGAGAGACAUUUGACAAGGAAAGAUAUAAUAGUGUUGUAAGAGUCUGUGCUUUAGAAUACGACUUCACUCUCUUAGAAAAAGGCGACGAAACCAUCCUGUCUGACCGAGGUCUCAAUCUGAGCAAAGGCCAGCAAGCCCGCGUAAAUUUAGCAAGAGCGAUUUACAAAGAAAGCGACAUCUACCUCAUCGACGACGCUUUAACAGCUCUGGAUGGCAGAGUUCAAGAAAUUAUAUUUAGAGAAUGCAUCAAAGGGUUCCUCAAAGACAAACUGGUGGUUCUGGUCACUCACAACACUAAGCACAUAAGCGAAGCCGAUCAAGUCAUUAUUUUAAGCAACGGCACCAUCAAAUACCAGGGCAAAGACAAGGAUAUCAGCGUAGAUCUUUUGGCAGCAAUCGAGGAAGAGCCAGUAAACGAAAAGGAUGUCGAUGAAGAGGAGAACAAUGAUGCAAAUGGAGAUGAGAAAAGCAAACUGUUGAAAGGCGAUAACGAACCUAAGCGGCGAAAGGUUUAUCAAGAAAUAAAAAAGGAAGGAGGUGUUAAUUUGGAAGUUUAUGUAAAAUACUUUCAAUUUGGUGGAGGAUUUCUUUUGCUUGCAGUAAUUAUCAUCAUGUACUUCGGGGCGCAAUUUACGGAAAGCUAUUCUUCUAAAUUGUUAACGAAUUGGGUGAAUUUACAACAGAAUAUCACUAACAUCAAUUUUACAACGGACAUCGCAAAAUUUGCCAAUGAACAUCACCUUAAUGAAACGGUGAACCUACGUGAAAACGCCACAACCUCUCUAUUUAUCGAGACGACUGAAAAUUUUACCAUCAAUCCUGAUACAUUAAACGACACAUACUUUGACCCGAGUACUAACAAAUCUUUCACUAUAACGGAUAUAGAAGACAAAAUAAUAAGCAUGAAGAAACUUGACAUAAAAUCGCACAAGACUCUCAACAUGUACACGUUGAUGAUUAUAUUGUCCACGGUACUUGAACUUGUAAAACACUACCUCGUAUUCACAUUUGCCAGAAAUUCCUCUAUCAAUUUACAUAGGAAAAUGGUUAACAGUAUUUUGAAUUCUGUGAUGUCGUUCUUCGACAAUUACUUCAUCGGGAAUAUUUUGAAUAGAUUUAUUCAGGACUUGAGCGUCAUUGACGAACACCUGCCUUUUAUUCUGAGCAUCCUUAUUGGGACGUGUUUUUCAGUUUUUGGCAUCAUAAUCCUGAUAGCAGUAGUAAAUUGGAAAUUCUUCGUACCUUCUCUUGUCUUCCUCGUAUAUUUAGUGGUACUACGAGUGAUUUAUAUACCAGCUGCAAGAAGCAUGAGACGGCUCGAGUCUGCAACACGAAGUCCCAUAAUAGGACAUUUAAAUUCGUCCAUGGAAGGCUUAACAACAAUCAGAGCUUACAAGGCUCAAAGUACAUUGAAGGAUGAGUUUGAUAGACACCAAGAUCUCUUCACAUCGGCAAAUUACAUCUCCCUUUGUGCCAAGAGAGCUUUUGCUUUUUACAUGGAUUUAUCAUCUGUGAUAUUUUUGAUCAUUAUUGUUGGAAGGUUUCUUUUCUUUGACGUGGAUACGGCAGCUGGCGAUGUCGGACUAGCCAUAACUCAAGCUGCUGGUUUGGCAAUGAUUGUCCAAUUUGCGCUAAUGCAAUGGUCUGAAACAGAGAGUAAUAUGACCUCAGUGGAAAGAGCAUUAGAAUAUACCUACCUUCGGCAAGAAACCAAGGAAGGUAUCAAAUUGGAAGAUUGGCCUAAGAAAGGUGAGAUAAACUAUGUCAAUGUUUCUUUGACAUAUAGAAGCACGAACGAGAAAGUGUUGAAGAAUAUCAGUUUCGCUGUAAAAUCCAAGCAAAAAAUCGGCAUUGUUGGCAGAACUGGUGCUGGAAAGUCUUCGAUAAUAUCAACUCUCUUCAGGCUUUACAAUUAUGAAGGCCAAAUAUUCGUCGAUGAUGUUGAAAUCAAAACCUUGUCUCUGGAGUUUCUCAGGCAACACAUUUCUAUAAUUCCCCAGGAUCCCAUAAUGUUCCAAGGCACGAUAAGAAGCAACAUCGAUCCUCUACAGCAAUACACCGAUGAAGAGAUAUGGAAAACUAUCAAUAAAAUAGAGUUAAAAAAUAUAAUACCUAGCCUGGACCUUAUCAUAACAGAUAACAGCUUCAGUACCGGUCAGAGGCAGCUGAUUUGUUUGGCCAGAGCUAUAAUAAGAAAAAAUAAAAUCGUCGUUCUAGAUGAAGCCACUUCUAAUAUGGAUCCCGAUACUGAAUUUUUGAUUCAGAAGGCCAUAGUGGAAAAUUUCUCGCAGUGCACGGUCUUUAUAAUAGCGCACAGGUUACAGUCUAUUUUAGACUGUCAUAAAGUUAUAGUGAUGGAAAAGGGAGAGAUAGUCGAGUAUGAGGAUCCCCUUAUUUUGAUGGAAGACAGCGGCAGUAUGUUUUCGCAAAUGCUGAGAAAUGCAGGUCUGAAACGAGAUCAGACAGAAUCGACUACGGAAUAGUAAUUAAGGACUUUCAUUGUAUGCGAUAGGUAUUGGUAUACAGGGAUGGCCAGAAGUACGGAAUAAAAUUCAUAUCUUUUGAAUGAGUUAAUUUUUUUAAAAACGCCGAAAC